AUGUCGGCUGCCUAUCGAAAGAGACUGGCAUGUCGAAUCUGCACUUUGAAGAAGAUCAAAUGUAACAAGAUUAUCCCAUGCGACAAUUGUAUCAAGAGAGGCAUCGCAGCAGAAUGCGACCGUGAUGAACCUGAUGGUAUGGGUCCCUUGGCGCGACACGCGCAACCAGAUGGCGCCGCAACCGUACAAGCUCUCCGCGAUCGUGUCGCCGAGCUCGAAGCUGCCUUACAACAGAAAGAGGAUGAUGUAGGUACGGCUUCGUCGAUCGAUCUACGAGAUCCUUCGGAUGAUCAGGUCCAGCUGGAACGAGCCUCUCCAUCGGUUGGCUCACCCCCGGAAGACACCGAAGACACCGUCACUGUCCUGGAGUUCUUGGCUUGGGGCCGCGCAAAACUCCCAGACAAAGCAAUGCUGUCCCCGAGGACUCUGAAAGUUGGCGGACAAGAAAAUGAGGAUGCCACCAGUCCGGUGGGAGAGGAGCUUGAUUCGCUUGUGAUGCCAGGGAAGUCCCUCUUCGCCUGGUUGCAAAUACUGUUACCUUCACGACGGCAGCUGUAUCGACUAGCCGACUAUCAUGCGGAGUGUCUCCUUUGGUUCCAUGGCUCAUAUUUGGCUUCGUCGUUCUCCAAACAACUAGACUCCUUCUUCACUGAUCACUCCGGCCAAAUUGACUCCAAUGGUGUGGACUUACAAUGGCGAUGGGGUUUCGAUGCACGAGAGGCCAGGCUGUUGUCGCAGAAAUGGUAUCGGGCUGUUGCGGUCGCCUUAACUGCAGCGGACUAUACUGACAACCUCUCGAUCUUUGCCGUGCAAGCAAUUGCGACGUUGACCCACACCGCCCAUAUGUUAGGCCAUUCAAACAACCAAUCGAUCAUGCUCGCGGCAGCUAUUCGUAUAGCACAAAGCCUAGGCUUACACAGGUUGGGUGAAGAUGCUCGGGGCCCAGACGAGGAGCUCGAAACAGGCCGACGAGUGUGGCAGGAACUCUGCACCCAAGACUGGUUCAGCACGUCUUUUUCCGAAUCAUAUAUUAUUACUCCUCUCCACUCGACGUCUCUUCCACCCAAAAACUACGAUGAAGAUACCAUGGACGUUCUGCCAGAGGAAAAGCCGACGGUCACUAGUUUUGGCCGAUUCUUGAACAAGAUUGCGGUAAUCAUGCCUGCUCUACAAGAUGCCAUGGCAGUGUCGAAUACCUUAUAUACGAAAUAUGAAGUUGUACGGAUCCAUGACAAGAAAAUGCGAUCGAUCGCGACGGGUAGACCUCAUUUUUUGACGCAAACCGAUCUUGACAAACGGUGGCCCCGUUACGUUCCAUGGGCACGUCGCGCAAUUGCGAUGAGCUCUGCUCACAAGAUCAUCAUGAUUCACAGAAAGUUUCUUAGUCUCAGUUUCGCCAGCCCAAUGUUCGCCUUCAGUCACCGAACGUGUCUGGCGGCUGCAAAGACGAUCCUCAGAGAGUAUAUUGCGAGUUGUCAGGACCAAAGCACACCGAUGUUAUGGACGCACCAAGCAUUCUCAGUCGCAGCUUGCAUAGUCAUCUCUUUCAAUAUCCUUCACGAAGCACCAAAUUCUGCCGACACAUGUUCUGAACUUGUAGAUCAGACCCUCUACCAUUUACAGUCGUGUCAACACCGAAGUACGAUUGCCGCGCGAGGUAUCCUGGUGUUGGAAGCUUUGCGAAAACAGAUAAGGAAUACUACUGAGAGUCGAAAGCGAUCACAUGAAUCUCCAAUUGAGGGAAGUCAGAGGAAACGGCCGAAAGGAUUUGAUGCUAAGGAAUUCGUCCGCACAAUCUACGGCGCUGAAGGCGAUCCCGCGCCAUGGAAUCCUACAAUGGCCACGCAGGAGACCAAUGCAACUGAAAACGCUUCGGAAUCUCGGGAAGGCAAUCAUCAUCGACAGCCGACAGAUGCGUAUGAGUCAGUUGUGGUCCCGAAUGAGUUGGAUUGGAUUUGGCAAAUGCCUCCAGAUGCGAAUGCAUCUCAGACGUUUGAUAACUUGCUUUCUCUUGUCGAUUAG